AUGCUGUCUUCGAUGAAAGAUAUCCCUCACACUGACGGUGAAGAGGUUUCUGCGCCUAACAACCUCACUGGACUGCUGCCAGAUCAGGGGGGAGUUGACUCUGAUGAUGAUGAUCUGCCAGCUCCACCUCGUCCUAUUACACCACCUCCAGCGCAUCAGGCGCCUUUACAACCACCACCAGCUCCUAGAAAGCCCACACCAGCUCCAGCUCCUAGACAGCUUCCACCUCGCAGUUCUCGCUUCCAAGGCUCCCUUAGAGAGCCUCCCUUGCGCCAGCCAACGGCUCCUCGCAUUACAGUGGAAAUGCGCCCUGCAGCACAUCCAGAAACUCGCUCAGCUUCACCUGAUCCUCUCAACCUCAUUGCUCCCACUUCAAGUCCUGUUGAAGCUCCUGAAAGCGCUCCUUCUAGUCCCAUGCCUGAGCAGCAUAGUGAUCGUUCAUCCAGCCCAGAUCCACUCUUGCUCAGUGAAGCGCAGUGUGGCGCUGCCAUGAUCAUGGAAGGUCUCAACCAUGUGUAUACUGGUCAGACCACUGAUUACCUGGACUAUGAUGAAGCGCUAGAGUUCGCGUUCCACUCAGUCUGUCAAGCGCACCAGGAGCGCCAUGGAGAGCCUCGGACCUUUGCAGAGGCGAUGAAGCGUCCAGCUGAAGAGAGAGAACGCUGGCACAAGGCAGCUCAGGACGAGAUCCAGGCAUUAGUGGAUAAUGAGGUCUUUGAGCUUGUUGAGCUGCCUCCAGGCCGCAAAGCUAUUGGCAGUCGCUGGGUCUUCAGGGUCAAGCGCAAUGCUGAUGUGUUGAGAUCUGAUGCUUGGUCACUCUUUGUUGACUGA